CCAAGAGGAUAAUAAUGAACGCACAGAAAUAGACUAGCAGUACUGAGAAAACCCUUCGAGGCUUUGAGCUAUCUUUGAGCUCUGGAAUUGGGGGAUCAUAUUGGAACGAACAAUAUGAAAAUGUCCACACUGAGCAGCUCCCAAUUACACCUCUUGAAAUGCACCGCUACCACUCUAGCAAAAUCAACCUCCUCAUCAAAUCCUUCAUAUCGGUUUCUCAAUCCCAUCUCAUCAUCACAACAAAAACACCCUCCUUCAUAUCCAACUAUAUCAUCCGCAUCUUUACCUGCUAGAAAAUGCAACAUUGGAAAAGCCAGUAGUCCCAAAUGCCUUGAAAAGUCAUCCAAAAUUCCUACACGAGUUGAUAAUGGGAACUUACAAUCAUCCAGGUUUUUGAUAAUGGGAGCUGUUUCUGUAGGAGUUGCGAUGCUGCUGAUGGGGAUUGAUGAUCAGCAAAAGGCAAUGGCUUUGGGACCAGAAGGUCCACUGAUGGAAGAGUUUUGGGACAAUGUAAGGAGAUAUGCACUGUAUGCUCUCACAGUGAGUACAGGUGCUCUCUACACUGUCUUCCUCCCUAUAUACGAGUUGUUGAAGAAUCCCAUCUCUGCAGUUCUCGUCUUGGUCAUUUUAGGUGGAAGUUUCUUCAUUCUUACCCAAGUCGUUUCAGCCAUGAUUGGUGCCACAGACUUUGAUUAUCAAUACCAAUAUUAAUGAUGUCCAUGAGUUUAAUCUGAUGAUGAAGAAUAGGUACUUUUUGAAUCCAUCUAGUUAUAGAUAGAUAUGAAGUCUACUUCUAUAUAUUACAAUUGAAGUUGUAUAGAAGCAAAUUAAGAGCAGUACAAGUUUCUUCCUUAUCUUAUUAAUUCAGAGGAA